UUUCGUGUUGUUCGUUCGUCCGCUGCCGUUUCUGUCACGCGUCAUCAAAAACACAAUAUUUUUUACGAUUGACUACGCGUGCCGUCUUUGAUUUUCAUUUUUACCGCAAUUCCUAUAUUAUGUAUAAUUUUCAUGUUCGAGAAAUAUUUUAACGACAUGGUUUGUACGUUGUUCGACGGUAGUGUUUUGUGAUAUGCUCGAAAUUAAGUGAUGGAGACGGCCAUGAUGUUAUGCCGUAUCACUAUGGCGAUGAUGCUGUUGCUGUCGUUUCAUCGGACGGCGAUCGCGGAUAAUUUAGCACUGUUAUCCGGUACGCUCAGGACAUAUCACAGGGUGGGCUGCGAGACCCAAGCGUUGGCGCUGACGUGCCCAACCGGUACGAUCAUCUCGGUGCAAUCGGCCCAGUACACGCCAGGUUCGUUGGCGUUACCCUGCUCAGACACCGGACUUGCAGCCAAUCUCAACAACAGUUGCAGCUGGCCUCAAGCCUUACAGGUACGAAACAAUGAAUAA